AUGCCCACGACCAACCAGAAUCCAGAGAAUGCCGUUGGCAUCCUGGCUAGUGCCGGAGACCGGAUCGAGGUCAUGGUGACCCCAACCCCAGAUUUGGGAAGACUGGUGACUGAGCUGAACAGAGUUCAGAUAGGUGGCAGCUCCGAUCUUCUCCGAGCAAUUCAGACAGCGCAGCUCGCCCUGAAGCACAGGCAAAACAAGAAGCAGAAACAGAGGAUCAUCGCAUUCGUUGGCAGCCCGGUAACUGCCACGGAAAAGGAGCUUGAAACAUUGGGCAAGAACCUGAAGAAGAAUAGUGUAGCCCUGGAUCUCGUUAGCUUUGGCGAGGUGGAGGAAAAUGCACCGAAGCUAGAAAAGUUGAUGAAGGCCUUGAACAGCGAAGACACGUCGCAUCUGUUAGAGGCACCAGUAGGCCCCAAGCUGCUGAGCGACAUCCUCCUCUCUUCGCCCAUCGUCAACCCCGACGGAGAGGCAGCAGCCAUGGGCGGCGAGGGCGGUGAUGCCGGAUUCGAGUUUGGCAUCAAUCCCAACGAUGAUCCG